CCUUCACGGUGUAGCCACUAUAUAAAGUUCCACGCCGAUGUCCUGUUCAGACUUCGAUUCGUUUCCCAGAGCUCACGCAAAGGCGAAGGCGAAGGCGAAGCCCUGCGCCACACACCCCGAAACGAAAUGAAGAAGACGAACGCUGAUCCGACGGUCAUCCCCGACGACCUGCUGAUCGAGAUUCUCAGGAGACUGCCCGUCAAGUCCCUGUGCAGGUUCAGGUGCGUCUCCACGCUCUGGCGCUCCCUCAUCUCUGACCCGCGAUUCCUCGCCGCGCACCUGGCUCACUCCGCGACCCGUCCGAGGCUCCUCGUCACCCUGCCGGUCCAGCAAGUCCCCUGCCCGCAAGGGCGGUGGCUCUUCUCGGCCGACCACCCCGAAUCCGGAAGGGACCGUCCCCAGAUCGCGGAGCCUCACCUGCUCGUCCAUGGCUCCCCCGGACGCUACGUUUCGCAGUCUCUCAACGGCCUGAUCUGCCUCGAAGUCGGAGGUUUGAUCAUUGUCUGCAAUCCCAGCACUAGGAAACUUGUCACUUUGGGACAAAGCAAGGCAAGGUCGGGCCGGGGCUGUUCUUAUUGCAGGCAUUCGUUCGGGUUCGAUCCAGUCGGGAAGGAGCACAAGGUCUUCGAAACAUGGGUGAGUGAUUCAGGUAAGCCUGACCGCGGAUUGAUCAUGAAUCAAUUUGUGCUCACUCUGGGAUCAAGCGGGUGGAGGGGUAUCGAGGGCGGUCCUCCUCAUCUCAAGCAUGACCCGGAAUUUUGCUUCAAUGGGGUCAUAUAUUACAUAGCCUGGAAGAGCUUGGUUGCCAUCCCCAGAGUGGAGUACUUGGUCGCACUUGACGUCAGGACGGAGAGCUUCCGAAUGAUCGUGAGUCCUAGUGGUGUCCAGGUAGAUAUGAGCAAGAGGCGCCUCUUAGAAUUCGAGGGGCGCGUCGCAUUGGUCGAUUGCUACAAUCUUAGGUCUGAUGAUGAGAUUGCUAUAUGGAUCUUGGAGGACUUUGACAGGGAGAUCUGGAAGAAAAAAGUUGUCGUCUUGCCACCGUGUUGGAAGGAGAUUGUUGUAGACCAUGAAAUGUUCCCAGCUGGUAUCGUUCGCCAAACUGGCGAACUGUUGUUUGAGCCCUGGGUCCUGUCGAAGCCGAUGUGCCUGUUUUACUACAAUCUGAAGACCAACAGUUUUAGGAUAAGCGAAAUUGGUGGAUUCCCCGAAUGCGAAUCAGGGAUGCCUCCUGAAAUGUAUGGUUUAACGUUUACUGAUCACAUGGAGAGUUUGCUGCCGCCGAUGAGUCAUUCCAGUAAAAACAUAGCCAACCAUUUUCCUUCAGGCUGAGCUCUGAUGUGCAGCUUGUUCAUCCAUUGGUUCUGCAAUUUCUACCUUUAUACUAUCUACAUCACUAGAUUCCGUACAUGGAAGCUGAACUCUGUAAUUGGAUGUUGACUCUCUGUUUUGAUAAACCAGUAGCUAGACGUACAUUGAGGCGACUGAAACUUGAAUUGUUUUCAAUUUAGGAACCAGGCGGAUAACUUGGGUAAUCUCAUUGUUAUUCGCUUCAAUUUGCAGUGUCUUGAAACCA